GAUAUCGCGGAGAGCCUUGGUGCCUAUAUGUUUAUUAGAGAGUUCUGGUAAUCCUCUGGUAAUCCUCUUACCUUUCUGAGCAUGAUUGUUGCAAGCUUGAGAUGAGCGAACUGGAGCUUUUCUUGCUGUGCGCACAGCCUUUUCCUUUCCCUUUCCCUUUCCACCAAGCCUAGAGCCAGCCUGUAAUCCAAGUGGCAUCCUUGGUGCUGUGCCGCCAGUUGAUCUCCUAGCAGUUUGCUUAAUACGAGCCAUUUGCUAACAUUAAGAUGAGUUAGUGAAGUAUACACAAGACAAAGAAGUAGAUCAAAAGAUAUAUGUACUUACAGUGAGUUUGUAGCAAGGAUGUUGUAGAAAGAGUAAAGAAAGAGGUAGAGGUUGAAAGGUAUGUGUUUUAUUUGAAGGUACGCGUUGUAGUGUUGUUUAGAACAGUAAUUAUUUGCAGGUGAAUAUUCCUUGACGAAUAUAAUUGUUUGCAACUUUAAAAAAACAACAACCUUACAACCAACCACCUUCCUUGGUUACGUUCCGAUCUACACAUUCUUCUUCUCUUUUGCGCUUUACCUCUUCACUAGGACCUCAAGUAAGUUUAUUAUCUUGAUUCUACAGUCAGAACUUCUGAUGAUCUUCUGCUAAUCACGUGUUUAGCAUGGCGAAACGCAAGGCACCUGAAGAACUCUCCACUAAUUUGAAUACUAUCAAAGCUCGCAACCGCGUCUCCAACCUUACUGAAGAUGAGAAGGCUGUUCAUUUAGCACUCAAGGCUGACCAUGGCGAUCUGAGCUACUACUUAAAGAAGUUAUACAAGUCUGCAAAGUAUAUCGCUGCCUCUGCUGAAGACAAGACACGUCUACAGAAUGAAUUGAAGGUUGAGCGUAUUCGUGUUCGGACUGAAAAGGGCACCCAUGCAUCUUGCAUUGCGAAUCAGAAAGUCAAGAAUACUAGCGCCCCUUCUUCUUCUCCACAAGCCCCACCAUCUACUCCGCCACAACUUCUGUCUGAGCUUGCUGCAUUUGAGGGUAUCACCAGUAUCCCAAUCGAUGACGAUCAUAACAGCGAAUGGGAGGAUACUGAGGUUGAAGACGAUUUAGAGUUGGAGCUUAUGUUACGGCGCGACGAUAUUUUAAAUGACGAGGCUGUUCUACCAGAUGAGCUUUCUGAUGAAGAGAUCGCUAGCAUCCAGGCUCUCUUAACUCAAGCACGCAUUGAUGCCCAUGAAGAGGCCAAUUUCCGCAAGUGGCAACAUUUCUGGGAUAGCUGUAUCCGCUCAUAUACGAGAAAGGCUGGAAAGCUGAGAAAGAAGCCUGAGCAUCUCUUUGAAUAUAUGCCAUGGAUUGAUGUAGAAGAAGGCACUUUUCACAACGUUAUCCCACCACAUAAAUAUUUCUGUUUGUACGAGCAGGCAGUUUGGAAAGUGGGCCCAAUUACCAGGACCUGCGCAGUGGUACCCAAAGUCUUACAAUCUUGUCGACAACGGAUGGUUACAAGUCUCCACUCAUAGUUCUAGCUUCAAAGAGGCGUUCUUACUUGUCUACUCUAAGAAAUUUGAUAAGGAAAAGUGGGCUAAGGUAUCAGCUGCACAGGAUAUGUUGUUUCUGGAGUUAGAGUAGAGGAGAGAAAUGGAGUAUUUGAUUUUCCGACGCGAAUAGGGGCUAUAGAGAUUUAAGUAUUUCAUCGUAGCCAGACUUCUGGUAAUCUUCUGAUAAUCAAACAAUUUGCUACUUGCCAAAUGUCAUCGCAAUAUUCAGAGUUGUUUGACUCUGACAAUCCUAUUUCUAAUCAGACUCUCUUCCCUCUUCUCAACGACUACCUUCAUUAAAUCAAAUCCCUGCGGGCCUCGAAUAUACUGGCAAAUUAAACCAAUUCAUCAAAUGGACUAAGGAUACACACGAUGUAUUCAUUGAGUGGUGGAAGCUAUCACGAUGGUAUGAACAACACUCAGAUCAUACUACAAAACUCCUUACGAAGAUUGCAUGGGAUUCAACCAACCGGAGUUCUCAAUACUGGAGAAGUUAUCACCAAG